AUGUCAAAUAUUUUUAAAUAUAUGGAUAAUUUAGACAUAAAUAAGCUUAUAUCAAUUUUAGAGAUAAGCUAUAAAUUUAUUCCUGGCUUACACAACUAUAUAAACCAAAUGUUAACAAAAAUUUAUUAUAAAAAAAUUGCUUCAAUUAGCUAUGAUAGUUUUGAAAAAUGAAUUUCAUCAUAUAUAUAUGGCAUUAACAUUUUUGCGAAAUUUCAGAACAUAAUUUAA